GACUUUUGUUGCGGACUGCAGAUGGGGCUAUCGUUACCAUUCGGCACACAUUGCUACCUUCGCCCUAUCCACGAAUUCAGUUCGAAGAGGCUGUUGACAUUCAACGCUCUUUUAACAGCUUAUUCCUUCGUGUGGCCUCAGACUACGAAUUUAUGGAGUCAACUUUUAAACCCUUGUCAGCUGCUAAUGCUAGCCCACCAACCACAUCGUGCCUACUGUUGUCCGCACCAAGGAGUGUUGAAAAGCUACGUGGCUGUCCAUCGGCAACGAGAUUUGGAAGUGCGAUUGCUCGUGCGGUGGAGGAGUACGUGAAGAGUAGUGCACACUUGCAACGCACUUGUCUUCCGGCUGUCCUUAUGGUGGUGUCGGAGAACGAGACAAACAUCUACGAUCAGCGCAGCAUAGAGGAGGCUAUGUUGUGUGCCAAUGUCGCCCUUCGUCUUCUUCGGCGUACGUUUGCUGAGCUGGGAGAGUCGGCAAGACGUGUGGUUGUGGAGGAGAGCACUGGACGUCUCUUUGUAGAUGGUCAUGAAGUUGCCCUCGUGUACUACCGCACAGGCUAUGCUCCGCACCACUUUGAUGAGGAGGCUUGGCAGACGAAACUGCGAUUGGAGCGAAGUCUUGCAAUCAAGUGUCCCUCGAUUGAUUAUCUGUUGGCGAACAUGAAGUUGGUACAGACCGCUCUCGCCGCCGGUUCGACGUCGUUGUCGCGUUUUGGAGUCAGUGUAGGGACGGCGGAGCGUCUGGCGGCCGCUUUUGCGCGUCAGACGGUGCUCUCGACGGACUUUAAUUUUGCCGACCCAGUGGUGAUAGAGAAGAUGGUGGAUGAGUGUCGUCGAGGGCCGGACAAGUUUGUUCUAAAGCCACAGCGUGAGGGUGGUGGGAAUAACGUCUUUGGAGGUGAGACGACGGGCACUUGUUUAGUGACUCUGUGA